AUGACCUCGGUCGAGGCUUCCUCGUUGCCCUCCUAUGAGGACCGGGGGGACCGGGCCGGUUCGUCAGCUGGCUUUCGCUAUGACCGUUCAGAGAGCGUAACGAAAUCGCUUUUAUCGCGCGGAAGUCGCAUUCUGCGUCGCCGGGGAAGUAAGUUCCACAUAGUUUCAACGCUGGACGAGGAAGAUGAGGUGGACCGCGACAAGCCCCGGUUUGAAGUUUCCGACCUCUUCAGUCGGCAUCAUAAGCCACGACAGAGUGACGCACAUGAUCAGCUGAAGAGCUUGAUCUCAGACCCGUUCGACUUUCACCAUCUGACCCACACAAGCCCAUCUCAGUUCCAGUCCCUCGAAAAGGCUCGCGAGACUGACUUGGUCACGGAAUUUUCUGCCAUACGUGCCUCACAAAGACCUGUCACCAAUCUCAAGGGCAUCCAAGCUCAAGAUCUGCAUUUUCAGGAUUUUUCCACGGAAGAUCUCAAUCAAUUCGGGGCAGCUAUUGCUGACAACGAUGUCGCUACUGACACAUUACCAGUAAGCCCGCCGGCGUCGCCGGGUGGCUCCUCGUCUAUCAGUCCUAAGCAGCGCGACAUUCGGAGACGACCAGAGUCGCGCGUCUUCGAAAACUUCUCAAGACCUGUUCCCAGGGUUUCCAAAGGGCUAGGGGAAGCAAAUUCUUCGCCGAGGGCUUCUUCACCUAGGCUGGCGUCUUCUCCUGAGUUGCCUGAGCCAGCCCCUCGAGCUAUUGAUGAGAUUUUGGGCUUGUCCAGCCAGCCAACAUACCCUGAGCACGUAUAUUCGCAGGAUGGUGACGAUCUCGAUGAUGAUGAUGUGUAUGGAAAUGCUUCAUGGUCCCAGCUACACGUACAGGAUAUAUUUCCAAUUCACGCCGCCCAUGCGGUUACCACGGAUGCUGGCCACGAGGGUCUCGAUGUGAGGACCUCGUCCAUGUCCCUGAACACCCUGUCCUCUGAUUUGAAAGGGGUUCCAGAAGAAGAGGAAGGUGAUGAUGAAGCAAACUCCUCUCAGGCAACCACGGGGCUCAGCUCGCUUCCAUUGGCCGAGUUCCAAUCAGCUUCCGCAACUGCUCCUGAGCUGUCUGUAUACGUGACUCAGGAUUUAGCAAGGAAAUUGUCUGAGGCACUUGGCUCUCCUACCCUCCCCAAAAACCGACCCACUAAAGCACCAGUGACUGAACGGACAAAUUCGGAAGUUGCCCGGAGGCGGUCCUCGGUCGCCACGCGAACUGUUCCUGAGAACAUCUAUGACUCGUGGGAUGCUGAUAUCGACUAUUGCUAUGAGCAUGCAGCCGAAUCGAAUUCGAACUUCGACUGGACUCGCAAUUCCGUCGAUGAGCCACGAGCGGAUAUGAUGACGGUUGAGGCCGACACUACGGCAGAUGGAGACAAAACCACGGUUUCGUUCAAUCGUCUGAGCGCCACCGCCGUAUCCGCUACGGACCGGGACUCCAUUCCCUCAUUCUCGGAAGUCAGCUCCCGCGUGGCUGUUACUCCUUCCACUGCUGAGUAUGACGCCGGGAUGGCUGUUUCCCAGAGAGACAGUGAUUACUUCCGUCCUGUCAGGUUCGGACCUGCCUUGAGCAAGUCAAUGAACCCAGAGUCCCUGUAUGAGGACUACUUGACAGCAGAUGCGGAGUCGGAUCGUCACUUUUCGUUCUAUGCGCAGCAAGGUGUGAUUCAGCCUAUCGAGCAUUCCAUCUCUCCUCGCAGCAGCUUCUCCCCGAUCAGCAAGUGCAAUUCCCAGGAGAGUCUGAUCUUAUCCCGCGCGGCGUCGAUUGUGCGCAAGCAUCGAUCGUCCGUCUCGACCGCUAGCGUCCCGGACCUAGUGCAUAGUCUGGCGAACAGCCGCGAGCUGAUUCCAACUGAAGUAAUCCCUUCAGGUGAAUACACUGCGGUUGGGAGACCAGACUCGUCUCACCAUAGACAAACCAAGAGCCUUGCACGGGAACUUGAAGCACAGAUGCUGUACCGCGUGGAACCGGAGGCAAGCUUCGAGCAUAUGGAACCGGGUUCUGCCAUCAUUCCUUCCAUCCACGACAGAGCCAAAUCCACGAGCGAGGUCGAAGCGGCACCCUUAGCUGUCGCGGCUGCUUCUAGAGUCGCGCCUCGUCGUAAAGGGAGAGCGUCUUAUUCCCUCUUUCCUGCAGCUGCGAACUGA